AUGCCUCGGGUUUCAAAAACAAAAACCCCAACCAAACCUACAAGCUCUUCAUCAAAAAGAAAUGCCGAUUCAGGAAAUUCAUUAAUAACAUCAUUUUUUUCAAAAAAUAAUAAUAACACUGAUAAUACAAAUAAUUUAGACACUAUAGAUGAUGAAAAUGAUUCAAUAAAAAAAAAAGGAACAAGAGGAAGAAAAUCAACACCAAUUAAAUCAGCAAAGAAAUCGGAAAUCAAAGAUGAUGAUAAAAUGGAAGAUAUUGAAAAUAAUGAAAGUAAUUGCCUUUUAGAUAAAUUCAAAUUACAACAAGAUAGUAUGGAAAUAGAAGAUGAUAAAAACGAUAUAAAAGAGAAACCAAAUAGGUUUGCAAAAAAAACAUCUGCAAAAAAACCAAUUGAAAGAGCAACACCACGAAGAAAUGCAAAAAAUAUAGCAAGAGAGAAGAUGGUUUCUAGUGACGAAGAAGAUGAAAGCGAUAAGUCCUCUGAUGAAGAUUAUGUCGAUGAUGAAUCUGGAGAUGAAGGUGAAACCUCAAUGGAGGAAAAUAGUUCGGAUGACGAUAAAAAGAAGAAAAAAAAUAAACAAACUCCAAAGAAAGCCACAAACACAAAAGGAAAAAUAGCAACAGCAACAACAGAAACAAAAACUACAGAAACAACAACAACAACAACAACCACAACAACACCACCAACAGGGACACCAGCAAGAAUACCAACAUCAAUAACAAGACCAGAAAAACCACCAAGAAAAAAAGCAGCACCAAAAACUCCAAAAACCCCAAAAACUCCAAAAACUCCAAAAACUCCAAAAACACCAAAAACACCAAAAACACCAAAACCACAAACACCAAAAAAAAUCAAAGAACCUAGUGAUCCUAACGAACCAAAAAAGCGUCCUUACUAUGAACCUGAUAUAUCACCAUCAGAAGGUUGUCUUUAUAACUCCAACUUCAAAAAGAAAAGUGAAUGUAUUCAUCUCGAAGAUUACCUUGAGGCAGAGUUUCAAUUUGUUCCAAAAAAAGAAUCAGAUUCAUAUUUACCAACUGAAAAUAAAUCUAUGGAGUUCAUGUUUUCAAAUGACAAGGAGAAAUCUUAUGAUUUAAAUCGUUUCGAAUCUUUAUCAAAUCCAUCUAAAGAAAGUCAAAUUGAUAUAACUACUUUUUGUGGUGGAAAUAUUUAUAGUAUGGAUUGGUGUCCAUUAGAUGACAGUUUUAAAACUAAAAAUCAAUAUUUAGCAGUAUCAGCCCACAAAGAUUUGGUCUCUACUCAUAAAAGAAGAAAAACAUAUACUGGCAGAAAUAUAAUUCAAAUUUACGAAUAUCAAAUCAAUAAUGAUGGUUUCGAACUACCCAAAUUAGUAUUCUCGAUUGCACACGAGGGUAAUUGUGUAUGGGAUUUAAAAUGGAUACCACAUGGGGGUUACUAUGAAAGAAAAGAAGAAAACUCUGAUGAAAUUAAAUGUAUUAGACUUGGUAUCAUUGCCGCAGUACUUGGAGAUGGGACUAUUAAAGUUUGGCCAAUUCCACAUCCAGAUUUAGUACAAGAAAGAUUUGAGGCAAACAAUUCAAAAUCUCUUUUAUCAAAUGUUAUUAAAAUAGAACCAAUUUUCGACCAAAUUUUAAAUACAAAUAAUCAAAAAUAUAAUAAUGAAUUUUUUUCAAUAUCAAAAGAAGAAAGUGAUUAUUUUGGUACUUGUUUAAGUUGGUCAUAUUGUUAUGAUUCAAGUUCACCAUGGUUAAUAGUAGGUUGCACAAAUGGUUUAGUUCAAAUUUUCGAUUUAAAUUUUAUUCAAGAACAAAAUAAAUUAAAUAAUAACAAUAAUAAUAAUAAUAGAAAUAAGUUUAUCAAUCCAAUUUAUCAUAAAAACUUUAAUAUCGAAAUUUAUAGUGUGGCUUUUUGUCCUUUAGAUAAGAAUCUCUUUGUUGUAAAUACUAUGAGAACUAUUAUCUUUUGUGACAAAAGAGAAAAGUAUCCAAUUAAAGAAACAUUUAAAGAUUUUACUUCAACAACUGGAGUGAAAUGGCCAAACUCUACCAUCCCAUGUAUUUUGUUUUUAGAAGGUUUAGGUGUUAGAUUUUUUAGUCUCAAUUCCUUUCAUUCCUCAACCAUUCCAAUUACCGAAUUUGAAGCCUCGGAUUUUGAUGUCUCGGAGGAUUUAAAAUAUUGUUUAUCUGGUUCAGUUGAUGGUUAUUUGGUUUGCUCAUUAAUUUAUUCCGAUAGAAGAAAGUAUAAAUAUAAGAGAUGCACGAUGGUUAAAUUGGAAAAACUGGAAUUAAUUCAGGAUGGUAAAGAAAAAUUAGUAUUUCUUAAUGGUAUUGAAAAAAUGAAAGAAGUUCCUCCACAAAAACACAUGAACUAUUCACAACCAAUCUUUCAAUUAAAAGCUCAAGAAAGUAUUGUCUAUCCAAAUGCGAAACAAAGUAUUAGGAAGGUUAAUUUUAACAAAAAUGCAGGCUUUACUGGGGUAACCACCCACACUAACCAAGGUUUUAUUCGUGUUAUGAAUAAAAAUGUAGAUUUUGAUGAAUAA